AUGUAUGCUGAUGGUAUUGAUUGGUUUCAAUAUAAAGCAUUGAUUAGCUUGUAUUCGGUAUUGCUACUUGCUCGACGCAUUCUUAUUGUUGAAAGUGCCAGACCAAUUAUUCAAUCUACUGAUAACCAACUAUGUACAAGGCUUCAGGCAAUGCUUUCCUAUGGUAAAUAUCAAACGUCUCAAAUGCCAUCAAAUAUAUCUUACACGUCACGUUAUUAUGGCCUAAAUUUUCUUGCUUAUUCACCUAUCGAUGAUUUAUUAAUAUUCAUUGAACCAAAACAUCAAAUACAUGUUUAUAAUGGUCACACAAUUCAACCUAUUGCCAAUGUAAAUACAACAGAUAUUGUUGGUGCAACAUCGUGUGCAUCACUAUCAUCAGAGUCUCAACAUGAACUAUUUUUUAUAUAUGAAACAAAUACCGAGUCAAACAUAAUCUCUUUGCGCGUAUGCGAAGUACAAUUUGAUACGCCUAGCUUAAAAUUCGAAGAAAAUAUAUGUAUCGGCACAAUAACUGUUCAAUACGAUCAACCGGAUUUACGUUUAAACGGUUUUACAAUAAAACGUGAUCAUGCUGGUACAAAUAAAUCUCUUCUAUUUAUAUCAACAGAUAUUGGUCUAGUUUAUGCCGUAUUUGAAACAAAUACAGGCGCAUUAGUUGGUGAACCAACAAUUAUGAAUGGAACAUUGAAUGAAGGCAGUAUUGUUGUAUCAUCAGAUGGUUCGGUUUAUUACGCUAGUAAACAAGAACAUUUAAUAUAUGAAUUACAUAUAACAAACGAUUUUCGUUUACAUUUUGGAAAAAUAAUAAAAGCUAAUGGAAUUAAACAACCAUUUGGUUUAAUUACAGAUGAAUGUAAUCAUUUAUAUGUUGCUACACGUUCAAUGAUAUUAGUUAUGUUUCUUAAAACGUUUUCGACAAUACGAAGUGUCUUUUCCAAAGCAUCAGAUUUACCAAUAACACUUGAACGAUUUAAUUCAACUACAUAUGUCUAUGCGACAAUUAGAACAAAUGCAAAAAAAUUGCCUUCUUAUUGGAUGUUUAAUUUUCUUUAUUUUACUGAAGGAGAAAAAAUUUUCCUCACAACUCGACAGCCAGCUGUCAAUCAAGAAGAAAAUUUCAAUUCUGCUGAUAUUACAGCGGAUGAUAUCAGUAUGCCAAUACUGUGGCCAUUAUCAUAUUUAUUACCGUCGGAAACAAAUAAAACAAAGAAAUAUACACAAUUCUUUUCUGCACCGAGAAAACCUUCUUCUGAAUUUCGAAAAUCAAAUCCUAGCCAACUAGAGAAAAAUAAUUCUGUCGACUCGGAAAUAUCAGCAAUCAGUAAAGAAAAUUUGCAGACUCGAAAUAUUUCUACUGUACCAUCAACUCCUGAUUCAUCUGAUAGUAAUCGAUCAAAGAACUCGGAUCCUGAUCAUAUAUUGGUUGACAAUACUCAUCAUGAUUCACAACAGAAAUUAAAUAAAUCAUUACAAAACAACGUUCAUUCUGAAACUUAUUUACUUCAAAAUACAUCAUUCGAUUCUCAAUCAUUCUCGAAACACACAACUGAAUCCAUCAUAUCUGAUGGUGAUUUACGAGCAAGAAUUGAAAAAGAAAAAAAUCUAUCAAUACAUACAAAUAAUCACUCACACGAUUAUACGUCAAAGCGUCCCUUAUCCGAUUCAAAGUUUGCAAACGUAACAACUGAAACAAAAGAAAGCCCAUUCUCCGACGAUGAUUUACAAGCAUUCAUAGAAGGUCGAGCUAAUUUUUCGAAAACUCAAGAGACACAAAUUAAAGCGUACUUGGAAAAACAAUCAUUAUUAAAUCGAACCAUCACUUCUCAAUUUACAACUGGUACAAAAACACCAAUAUCAAAUACAACUGUUCUUGAUCACAAGACAGACACGGACACAACAUUAUUCUCCGAUGAUGUUCUACAAUCGUUCUUAGAAGGUCGAGGUAAUUUCUCAAAAGAACAAGAGAAACAAAUUAAAGAUUAUUUAAGUAAACAAUCAUCAUCCAAUCGCGAUUUAAUUUCUAAAUAUUCAACAAGUGCAAGACUACCAGGUAGAAUAAGUACAACCGGUGAUAGUAUUCAUUCUGACCGUAACACUGAAAAUACGUACUCACAAAAAUAUCCAACGAAAAUACCUGUAAUUGAUUCGAAAAGUCUUAGUCGUACAACAGAUACGGCAGAGAUUAUAUUCUCCGAAGAUGAUUUACGAUCUUAUCGAGAAGGUCGAGGAAAUCUCUCGAAAGAACGAGAGACACAGAUUCAAGCUUACUUAAGUAAACAAUCAUCGUCGAGUCCAAAUAUAUUUUCGAGAUAUCCAAUCGGCACAGUACUACCAGGUCACAUCUAUACAACUGACAAUAUGCAUGAAAAUACUACGAUACCACAAAUCAACUCAGAAGAUAUACAGCGAUUCACUGACUCAGACGGAAUAUCUAUUUCUCACGACGAUUUACAAUCAUAUUUACAAGGGCGAGGUAACUUGUCGUUGGCUAAACAGAAACUAAUUCAAGCUUAUCUAGCUAAACAAGCAGCAUCGAAUCGAAGUGCAAGUUCGCAACACUUAAACAGUAAAAAUCUACCAACUACUAAACAUACACCUCAUGAAACAGAUUCACAAGAUUAUCCCUCACAGAUGCCAAUUCCUGAUUUAGAAAAUAUUGAUCGCCCAAUCGAUAAAGAAGAAAUAUACUUCUCUGAUGAAGAUGUACAAGCGUUUCUCGAAAGUCGAGGAAAUCUUUCGAAAAAACAAGAAGAGCAGAUUCGAACCUAUUUAAAUAAACAAUCAUUGUCGAAUAGAACUACAUCAGUUUCAACAUUUUCUCAGAGCAAAAAAUUACCGGCUGGACUAGAAGCAAUGGAUAAUAACAUGUAUACUGAUCUCUCAAACAAAACUACGUUGGCUAAAGACAAUGUAACAAAGAAACCACUAUUCGAUUUGGACCAUUCAAAGAGUACAAUCGGCAUCGAAGGAGUUUUAUUCUCAGACGACGACUUACGCAUUUACUUAGAAGGGCGUUCGAAUCUGUCAAAAAGUCGAAUAGCCCAGAUUGAAGCACAUUUGAACAAACAAUCAUCAUUGAAACAGAAUAUUUUUUCAUCUGAUUCAACAAGUACGAAAACUCCAACUGCACUGUAUACGUCUAAUGAAAACGUAAACGGCGAUCACAAACGCGAACCAGCACCAUUAUCAGGCAAUCUUACAAGAAAGCCCUCCUCCGAAUUGGACAAUUUUAAUGCUUCACUAGAUAAUGAAGAUAAAUCAUUCUCAAAUGAUGAAUUACGAUCUUUUCUGGAGGGUCGAGCGGAUUUCUCUAAGAAAAAGCAAGCUCAAAUUGAAGCAUAUUUAAGUAAACAAUCAUCGCGAUAUCCAAAUCAAUUUUCAACAUACCCGACCAACGGAAAAACACCAGCUGAGUCAAAUAAACUAGAGCAUGAAAAGCAUUCUGAAUAUCAAUCUCAAGAUACACACUCGCAAAAUUAUUCAACAAAAACACCGGUUUCUGAUCCAAACCUCUUUAACCAAACCAUAGAUUCUCAAGCAAUAAUAUUCACAGACGAUGAUUUACGAUCUUUUUUAGAAGGUCGAGCAAACUUAUCUAAAAAUCAAAAAACGCAGAUUGAAACACAUCUCUCUCAAACCUCUCCAGUGAAUAGAAGUAUAACUGUAAAGAAUCCUAUCCAUAAGAAACUACCCGUAAACAUUUAUCCAAUCGAUGACAACGCAUAUGCCAAUGAUCGAAGUGAACAUACACAGAAGCAGGGCCUAGAUUCGAAAAAGUCACUAUCUGAUUCGAAAGAUACCAGUCGAACAGUUGAUACAGACCAUAUAGUAUUCACAGAAGAUGAUUUGCGAUCGUUUUUGGAAGGUCGCUCAAAUUUAUCACAAAAGCAAGAAGCAAAGAUUCGAUCUUAUUUAAAUAAACAAUCAUCAUAUGGUACAAGUAGCACGAGUGCAAGUUAUGUUUCAAAUAAAGUCCAAACGUCGCAAAUACAUACCGCAGAUGACAACAUGCAUACUGUUCAUCAGACCGAAACUUCUCAGCCGCUCACUGUUUCGAAAGAUAUCGUCUUUUCUGAAGACGAGUUACGAGCUUACUUAGAAGGUCGCACUAACCUUUCAACGAACCGAGAAGCUCAAAUUCAAGCUUAUUUAAGUAGAAACUCAUCAUUGGAUCAAAAUCAAUUCUCGACAAGUACACAAAUACUAACAACAAUUCAUGGAAUGAAUGGCAAAUUAGAUGAGAAACAUGAAAGUCGCUACCCAACGACACCAAAGUCUGAUUCAAAAUUCUUAAAUGGAACAAAAGACUCUCAAGCAAUAAUAUUCACAGAUGACGAGUUACGAUCUUUUCUAGAAGGUCGAGCAAAUUUAUCGAAAAGUCAAAAAUCUCACAUUGAAACAUAUCUCUCUCAAACGUCGUCACUAAAUCGAAGUAUAUAUGUAAAGUAUCCUAUCGUCACAAAAUCACCUACUGACGUAUAUUCCUUGGAUCGUAACGAAUAUCGUGAUGACGAAAGUGAAAAUACAUAUUUACAAAGUUAUUUAACAAAGAAACCACUUGCUGAUUCGAAAAAAUUCAAUCAAACCAUGGACACGCAAGACAUAAUUUUUUCCGGUGAUGAUCUCAGAUCGUUACUAGAAGAUCGCGUGAAUUUAUCGCCGAAUCAAAAAGCCCAAAUAGAAGCUUAUUUAAAUAAACAAAUAUCGUCCGAUCGCACUACGCCCUCAAAUUAUUCGACUAAUACCAGCCAAACAGCUAACAAAAAAGUACCAGAUGAGCGCGUAAAUUCUCUGCGUGGAAAGAAUAAUACACAGUUUCGAGAUAAUUCAGGAACAACACCAUUACGCAGUUGGAAAGAUUUUAGACACACAAUAGAUACACAAGGAGUAACAUUUACCGAUAACGAUCUACGGUCUUUUCUACAAGAUCAUGUAAACUUAUCGCAGGACCAAAAGAUACAGAUUGAAGCUUACCUACGCAAACAAUCAUCCGCUAAUCAAAGUAUAUUUUCGAAUUAUCAGGCAGGCUUGAAGUCGCCAGUUAAAAUAUCUACAUCUGAAGAUAGCGUAGAACCUGAUGAUAAAGGCGAAGAAACAGAAUUGCAAGAUUAUGAUUCAAAGCUACAGUUAUCUGAAUCGAAAAACUUAACUAGUACAAUAGAUUCACAACGAAUUAUGUUCUCCGAUGACGAGUUACGAUCAUUUCUAGAAGGACGAGCAAACUUGUCGAAGAAGCAAAAAGAAAAAAUUGAAAUUUAUCUAAAUCAACAAUCACUAUCGAACCAAAGUUCACUUUCAAGAUCUUCAACGAUCACGAAGGUACCAAUCGGAAUAAAUCCAUCAGACAAUAAAGUUGAUCCUUACGACAAAAAUGCACGUACAUAUCCGGGAAAUUAUCUAACCACAAUACGACCAUCGGAUUCGAAAGAUUUCAGUGCAUCCACUGCAUCAGAAGGAAUAAUAUUUUCUGACGAUGAUGUGCAAUCUUAUUUGCAAGGACGUAGUAAUCUUUCUUCAAUUCAAAAAGCAAAGAUUCAAGCUUAUUUAGCAAAACAAACAUCCUCAAAUGGAAAUGUAUUCUCAAGAUAUUUCACAAGUACCGGGAAGCCAACACCUCAUAAUGAAUCAUGGAUUGUUCCAGAUCGGCUAACAAACGUUUCGUUCAGAGAGUCACCUGGAUCAUUGCAUCCUAGUUCGCUUCCAGAAAAAGAUUUUAAUAGUACAAGUCGUCGCGUGACGCCAUCGAAAUAUGUUUCACAGAAUUUAUCAUCCAUGAAACCUUUUACAAGUUCACGUACAACAAUUUUACAAAGACCUUGGCAAUCGAUUGGCAAUCAAACUCAUGAUUUGGAUAAGAGUAUUGAAAAGCAUCAGAAUAUUUCUAGCGAUUCCAAUUACGAUAGCAACUUGCAGAUUCAUACAUUCAAUGAACAUUCUCAAUUGUUAAAAUCAACUAAGAACCCAUCGUCCGACGGCCACGAUGAAUAUUAUGAUACUGAAAACAAAGAAAAGCCUUUCGAUUCGUCUGGAGAUGGCGCUAAUCAAUUAUCAUCAUGGUCAACUCGUUCAACGGUAUCAAUGAACACUGACGAAGCAAAAGAAAUUCUAACAACAAUCUUAUCAGAUAAAAAAUCUAAAAUUGAUAAGUCGAUGCAUCGCUUAUCAACAAUAUCGUCAUCCGAACGACUUACUCAAGACAAAUCGAAUAUACAUAAUUCAUCAAUUUUGAAAGAUCAUAAUCUUGUAACUAAACCCAAUGGAAUCCACGCUGAUAAAGGUUCUACUUUGCACUUCACUAACUAUAAUGAACACGCGAUAGGCCAAGAAGAUGAUGCUCACGUUAAUCUUUCUAUUUUUAUAACGAAAUUCAAAUCAAAACCGCAUUCUACAUUUUCUUCAGUGACUCCAUACGAAUUAAUACCAAACAAAGUUAAAAAUAUUUCAACAGAUGAAGCUGCAAGAUUUCGUACGAAAUAUCCUGUUGAUAUCAAAACUAACCGUACGCCAUCAGAAUCACUAGUACAUUCGGAUGUUAAUACUACUCACAUGGACGACGUUUCGCUAGCAACUAAUCAAUCAGGUGUACAUUUUCCUGUUAAUAAAAAUCAGAUCUUUUCUCCGAAAACUCCGAACAGUAGCAUUUUACAGAAUCAAUCUAUAACCAAUAACACAUCAAACACCUUCGAUACUUCGAGACAUGAUCUCAAUGAUGAAUCAAAAUCAAUUCAAGAUGAAAUUAUUCAUCACAAACAAACUUCAACAAAAUCCACUUUGAUGACCAAUCAAACAUUAAUUUCAAAUGUAACAUCCGGUUAUUUUAAUCAAAAAUUCAAAGAUGAAAUGAAACAUGAAUCUUCUUCAGCAGUAUCAGUAGGUGUCAAUAUUUCCUCUACCCUUCGCAUAUUAUCACCGUUUAUUAUAUCUAGCACGACCCUGCUUUCUUCACAGCGUUCGCCUUUAUCAUCAUCGUCAUUGCAUCCUUCACCUGCAUAUACGAGUAGUACUAGAUUCGCAAAAUCUACUCGACUCUCAUCAUCACAACUCUUUUCAGAAACAAACACAAUCAUAAGAAAGAAAUUAACAGCAACAACAGGACCUUCACGUUCGACUGAUUUCACGUCAUCAAUUGAUAUUUUACAAACGUCAAAUAAGCAUUCAAAUAUACAAACAACUGACGAAACGACGACAUCCGUUAUAGUACCAUCAACAUUGAUGACUAGCUCUUCUCUACUAGUAACAUCUGAACCGUAUUUAACAUCAACGACAGCAUUUGAUACGUAUACAACAUUGCAACUUGCAUCAACCGAAAUCGAAUCAUCAUCACCAUCAUCUUAUUUUAAAUCUACAGAUAUAUUCUCUACUGAUGUUCAAUCGAUAACAGCUACUUCUAUUCCUAGUACUAAGUUUGAUUCUUCACCGAUAAUAAUAUCCGACAAAAUGUCAAUACAUUCGACUUUGCCUACUACGCUCGAAAUAAAUGUUUCCCUACUCACUUCUCAACCAUUGAAAACGACUGACACAUAUCAAGAAGAGUCUACUUCGUUCGACGUCACAUCUACGCGCUUUCCGUCAACAUAUAAAUCGAAAAUUUUUACAGCGUUUGAACGUACGACUGUUGAUGUAAGUAAUUCAUCAUCAAAAUUCUCUUUACCACUAAGCACACAAACAACAUCUCCACCGACAACAUCGACUCGUCGAUAUAGAACUCGAAAACAACAGGUAACUACUUGGCAGACAGAACCAUUAUCGACCAUCGUAUUGCCAACUACUUCAAUUACAUCUUCAUAUCAAACAACCUUCAAUCAGGCAACAUCUACACAAUUACCAACUGAUACUUCAGAACGGACUAUUUUUGAACCAGAACAAACAUUUAUUAUUAAACCAUCAUUCAUUAAUAAUGAUUCUACUACAAUUUUAUCUAACGAUAUACUUAAUCAAUUAAUUAGCAAUACGUCAACAUCAACUAAUUCAUCAACGGAACGAUUUAUUUAUUUUAAUUUAGUUGAUCUUCCACCGUCAUCAUGGAAUUUAUCAUUAACUUCAAAUGAAAGUCUUGUUCUUGAUCUUGUAUUACCAUCUUCAACAAAUUCAAAUGCAACAACGAAUUUAACAUUUACAAAUAUGGAAGCAACUAGUUUAUCAACAAAAAUAGUUGGUGCUCCAAUUAAUUUACAAGUUGAUCGCGUACAAACAAAACAAUUUUCAUUAACAGUCAAUGCAACAGACAGCGGUUCCAAUCGAAAUCGUACCAAAUCUUCUGUAUCUGAUGUUAUUAUUGGUCAUGUGAGAAGUGAUCAAUUUGAAUUGAAUUUUACUAAAACAGAUAAUAUGAAUGUGCGUGUACAACAAGUUGAUUCCGCAACAGCUGAACUUUAUUUUGAUGAUAAUUUUUGUACAAAUGAAAGCAGUUUAGAGAUUAAUUUAAAUCUUUCAAAAAAUGGAACGAUUCGUUAUGGUAAUCGAGCACCUCUUUACAUUGGGCCAGUUUUUACUCGAGUACAUAUGCUUAAACAAUCAUGUGAUCGUGAACAACCAUUAACAUUAUUUUUUGAUAUAUGUAAACAACAAAAUCCAUGCUACAAUGGUGGUACAUGUGUAUCUGUUAUGCCUAAUUAUUAUGAUUCAUCAUAUUCACGUUUCGAUGUUGGAGAUGUUGGUUAUAAAUGUGACUGUCCACCAAAAACAUCAGGUGAUCAUUGUCAAAGGUCAGAAUUUCCAUCGGCUUAUUGUUUAAAUGGUGGAAGUUUAUUUCAACUAUAUGACAGACAUAAUAAAUCAAUUGAGAAAUGCAUUUGUCUAGCAGGUUUUCGUGGUGAACAUUGUGAAGAAAAUAUUGAUAAUUGCAAGGAAAUUACGUGUUCCACUCAUGGAAUUUGCGAAGAUGGCAUAGAAAAAUAUGCAUGUUCAUGUUUCGAUGGAUUCUACGGUAUUAAUUGUGAACGAAAACAUGUACAAACUGUUCUAUUACAAGCAGCGAGUAGAUCAUUUGGUGUUGUUGCAAUAUUAUUGAUUGCUACUAUCGCUGGUCUUGUUGUUGCAAGUGAUAUUCAUACAUAUUUAACACGUAAACAGAAAGCACAGAGUAUUGCAAAUAAUAUUUCACGUAUAUCAUCAGAAUUAUAUGAAAAUUCAGUGCUUCUACUUGGAUUUAGCGAUGCGCCUAUUGAAUUGAAUGAUUUAUCCCGUGUUCGAACACGGAAAAAGCCAGUUUCAUUAAAGCAACGGCAAACGCAUAGAACAACAAGAAAGCGAAAGUCAGCUGACUAUGAACAACUUGCAAGAAGAAAAACGGUACGAACGACUUCUCGAGCAUCCUCUCAACAAUAUUUAGAAACAAAUCAACUUAAUCAACCAAUUAUUUAA